AUGCCGGCAGGAAAAAACGAUGCCCAUGUGCGCCUCUACUUCAAUUUUGAGAAGACGGGUCAAGACUCACGAAUGGUUUUCGUGAAAGCAUGCGCUGGAAAACUCACGUUCCGGCAUGGCACGGAUCCAGAGUCGAGCGUUACUGUCACGGUUGCGAGUGGACGAGGAGUGGUGGCGCUAAGCUCUGGUAGCACAGGAAGAGAGACGCGACUGGUGUUGUUGGCAAUGAUGCUGGAGAGCUGUUAUGUGUCUUCCCGCACUCGCUCUGAGGCACUGCCCGAGGGCUACGAGCAUGUCAAGGACUUUGAAGAUGUCAAGAGAAAGCAGCAGCUUGACGGAUUGGCUUCGUCUUCAUUAUCAGACACUAGUAAUCCAUGA